AUGCGCCUACUCAUCAUUUUCAUGCUCACAUUGGGCUCCCUCUACGCUAUCGCUGCACCUACGUAUACGAGCGUCGAUGAUGAUCCUGACAACCCGUGCAUCCCAGGGAAGCACCCUGACGCCGCGCAUCAUUUGGAGGAUUGCUUUUGA